CCUGCAUCGAUUUCGCCAUCAACUCCAAGCCGCUGACGCGCCACAUGCCCAAGAACAAGCUCAGCUUCCAGUAUCGCAUGUGGCAGUUUGUGGUGUCCACGCCCUUCGAGUACAGCAUCAUGGCGCUCAUCGCGCUCAACACCAUCGUACUCAUGAUGAAGUUUGACGGCGCCUCGGAAACGUACGACGAUGUCCUGCAGAACCUCAAUAUCGUCUUCACCACUUUCUUCUUCUUGGAGUCCAUCCUGAAGCUGGUCGCUUUUGGCCCUCUGAAUUUCUUCAGAGAUGCCUGGAACAUUUUUGACUUUGUCUCCGUGCUGGGGAGCAUCACGGACAUUUUGGUGACAAAAUUAGGGAACAAUUUCAUCAACCUGAGCGUUCUGCGCUUGUUCCGUGCCGCCCGCCUCAUCAAGCUGCUGCGCCAAGGCGAGACCAUUCGCAUCCUGCUGUGGACCUUCGUGCAGUCCUUCAAGGCGUUGCCGUACGUGUGCCUGCUCAUCGCCAUGCUCUUCUUCAUUUAUGCCAUCAUUGGCAUGCAGUUGUUUGGCAACCUGGCACUGGAGGAGGAAGGCGACAGCGCCAUCGACCAUCACAACAACUUCCGGACCUUCGUCAUGGCGCUCAUGCUGCUCUUCAGGAGCGCCACGGGCGAGGCCUGGCACGAAAUCAUGCUGUCCUGUCUCGGCGGCAAAGAGUGCGACCCGGCCUCGGGCAACACGGAGCCCGAAUGCGGCAGCACCUUCGCCUACACCUACUUUGUCUCCUUCAUCUUUCUCUGUUCCUUUCUGAUGCUCAAUCUGUUCGUGGCCGUCAUCAUGGACAACUUUGAGUACCUGACCAGAGACUCAUCCAUCCUGGGACCGCACCACCUGGACGAGUACGUAAGGAUUUGGGCCGAGUACGACCCCGCCGCCUGCGGCCGGAUCACUUACACAGACAUGUAUCAGAUGCUAAGACACAUGUGUCCGCCGCUAGGCCUCGGGAAGAGGUGCCCCGCCCGGGUCGCCUAUAAGAGGCUGCUGCGGAUGGACCUGCCCGUGGCCGACGACAACACGGUCCACUUCAACUCCACCCUGAUGGCGCUUAUCAGGACGGCGCUGGAUAUCAAGAUCGCCAAGGGCGGCGCAGACAAGCAGCAAAUGGACGCCGAGCUGCGUAAGGAGAUGAUGGCCAUAUGGCCAAACCUGUCGCAGAAAACCUUGGACCUGCUGGUCACGCCUCACAAGGCAGCCACAGACUUGACGGUGGGCAAAAUCUACGCUGCCAUGAUGAUCAUGGAAUACUACCGGCAGAGCAAGACCAAAAAGCUGCAGGCCAUGCGGGAGGAACAGGAUGAGGUGGGGUCUCCUUAUUUGAACCGACCGCCGUUAAUGUUUCAGCGAAUGGAGGCACCGCCGGAGGGCGACGGCGCCAACAGGCUCGGUGGGCCUGACCUCAACAGCUUCCCCGGCACUCAGCCCGACAACAGCGUACCUUCGGACGGCGGCGGUAUGACGGAGAGCCAGUCGUGGGUGACCGCCAAAGCCCAGGAGAUGUUCCAAAAGACGGGCAACUGGAGCCCCGACCGGCCGUACCCUGACGACUUCCAUGACAACCGGAACAACCCGCAGACGGUAGAGAUGCGGGAGAUGGGGCGGGACGGGUACUCGGACACCGAGCCCUGCCACCCAGUGGAUGGGCACGGGCGCACCCUCUCCAUGCCCCGCCUCUCAGCAGACAACCAAAACAUCGCCGACACCAGUCCCAUGAGGCGCUCCACCUCCAGCCUGGUUCACGGGCGCUCGGGCCGAGGCGUCAGGCUGGACGACUACUCCCUCGAGAGGGUGGUGUCCGAGGAGGGGCGGCACGGCGGCGGGGGCCGCCGGCACCGGGACCGAAGCCACCAGACUUCGCAGCGAUCCCUCACCAGAUACACAGACGCAGACACGGGCCUGGGCACAGACCUGAGCACCACCACGCAGUCGGGCGACCUACCUCCCAAGGAGCGUGAGCGGGACCGGGGCAGGACCAAGGACCGGCGCCACCACCAUCACCACCACCAUCACCACGGUUCCGUGGACAAAGAGCGCUACGACCGACACGACCUAGCCCACCGACACUCGCACGACAGUCACUGGUCACGCUCACCCAGCGAAGGCCCGGACGGACGAAGCCACAGACAGGGCAGUAGUUCGGUGAGCGGCAGCCCCGUCCCCUCGACCUCGGGGACCAGCACUCCGCGGAGAGGCCGUCGCCAGCUGCCACAGAUGGGCCGGGCCGCCUGCGCUCGCCGUCCCCGCGGCACUUCUCCCCGCCGGACCACGACAGGGGCUACCACCACCGGCCGCCGUCCCGUCAAGCCUCUCCCCACCAUGGGGGCUCCUCGUCCAGGCACGGGUCGCCCCGAUCCCCCAGGCACCAGUCCCCCCGCUCGCCCGUUCACGGUUCGCCGCGCUCCCCGCACCGAGGCCGUUGGAGCGGACCUCCGCUGGGGGACAGUCUGGAAGGGGACGGGUCCUUCUACGAACGCGACUACGAGUACAAGCGGCACCACGAGCCCCCGGCGUAUGAGCAAAGCCUCUCCCACGGCAACCCCCACCCGCACGCGGGCAAUCCCCACCCGCACCCCCGCUCGCCCAGGACUGCCCGCCACGGGCCCCCACCUCCGCCGCUCCCUCACCCCCAUCCGCGCCGGGUGCCCAACGGCUACCGCUCGUCCUCGCCUUCUCCGCAUCGAAGAGGGCCGCCCGGGGCACCCCACCCGCACCACCGGACCCCUCAUGCCCGCGGACCCCGCAAAGGCUUGCAUGAACCUUACAGCGAGACAGAUGAGGACGACUGGUGCUAGCAACCGGAUGAGGGCGGAGAACGGCAACCUCCGGCGUUAUGGCCUCGUGUAUGUGAACUUGAUGGGGGCGGGGCGGAGGGUCCGGACAUCCGCCCGAGGACCAACCCAGCCUUCAGCCCCGGAACUCUGUGAGUGAGAGUGCGGGGCAGAGACCAAGGGGGCAAGGUGCUUCAAGCGGUCUGACGAAACGCGAGACGGCUCAGGACAGUGGGACCGCGCUCCCCAGAAUCCUCUGCUGGGAUGCCGAGCUGCAGGCAGAAAACUUCCAUCAGGGGUCCUGACGAACGGUCAGGGGUUCUGAGACCCAGACUGCUCAUCGCGUUUGGCUGAAUCCUUCUUCUUCUUCUUCUUCAGGUGACUCUGGGAACUCUCCAAGCGGGCUUCACUCACCUUUUAUAAGGAACACGAGUUCCUAAAAAGCCAGGCCCUUUUCCCUCACCCCAACCAGACCUUUCCAUGCCAAGCUUUGCCUCCAGGAAAAAUCACGCUCAAGAACAAAACUUUUACACCACGUGAUGUUGAGCGCUCCCACCCCCACAAGGACAGAACCAGGAAGCUCCGCCUCUUCUGCAAAAACCAGCCAAUCCCAGCGCUGGAGGAUAUUUGAUGAGUUUUAUCAUCUCUGUUUACUGUUCACUGUACAGACUCUCUUUGCGUGGGUAUGAUGUCACUUCCUGUCUGGUGAUGGGGGGGACAGGAAGUGACAUCACGUGGCAGAAAGGGCGGAGAAGAGUAAAGCAAGGACCAACUCAUUUCUUCAGUAUUUCUUCUCUCGAUUGCUUCUCGUUCUUCUUCUUGGACAUUGGAAGCUCGAUUCUUCGAUUUGACCUUUUUUGGGAUGGAAACGUGUGCAUGAUUGAUUCAACCCAUACGGGAGAGGAAGCCGAACCCCACAUUUUUGGGACCUUGGGGGUCGGCGGGGCUUUACGGUAACUUUGCAUUUACGUUGACAAAAAAAAAAAGAAGACAAGAAUCUCUCUUCUCUCUUCGACUGUUUCUCUCUGUGACGCUCGCUCGGCACCUGGAAGGAAAGCAGCCUUUGUGCUCGGAUGUUUAGUUGGAUGGGUCUCGGAUGUUGGAGGCUUUGCUCAGAGAGAGAGAGAGAGGGAGCAGAGGGGAAGUGAACUUGGAGCGCCCGUUAUUUAGUGUUGUUCAUGAUGAUAGUCUCGAUAAAAAUGUCCAUGCAGAAUGAAAACGAUGUUGAUGAUUGUUAGCGCCGUUGCCGUAGAGUUGUUGUCACCUUCUUUGUUAUCCCUCCAAGUACACCAAGUCCAUCUUGUUUACAUCCUUGAAGUCAGGGCUGUCCAAACCUUGUCUUCCGAGGGCCGUAUACAGAAAAAUCCAAGGCUGCACGGAGCCACUCUGACAUUCUUCCCAUCUCAUUUAGCGAACCCGUCCAAAGUACUCCCAUCAGCGUUGGUAGGUAUGCGGAAAAACACGAGAAUCAAUCCACCGCAGUACCGAGCAGCAGCACUUUAUGCGUUCGGUAGAAAGUGAGGCCAACGAUCGGAAUUCAUCGCUGUCAGCGGUUGAUCUUUAUUUCUCGGGGCAUUGUGACUUGGCGUUUUUUUCUUAUUUUAGUGACGUGUGAUUGGUGGGAAAUGUUGUGUGAGAGAUGCCAGUCAGUGUCAUCAUCGAAGUUUUACAAUGCAGGCAAACAACAAUUGUGAAUGGACGCUGGGUCGCAAAUGGCCCCCGGGGUCAUAGUUUGGACAGCCCUGCCUUACGCUGACGAUCCCGGCUCCCACGUUUCAGGCUGGUUCGCGGCGGGGGGGCAGGGACUUCAUUUAGUUCUUGUCCUACCGACACCCUAGGACAAAAACGGUUGUAAAAGGUUUUGGGUGAUGAGGUGGGCGGCCCUCUUUUUUGUCGUCGCCUUGUCGGUGAACUGAGCAGCACGACUGCUCAAUUUAGGACUUCGCUUUGGACCCUUCCACCCUGUAAGGACACUUCUGGUCCCCUCCGCACCAACAGUGACCUCCUCAGCCCGAGCCCUCCCCUCAGGUCUGGACUAGAUACCAGGAACCAUGCGAGGUUGUAGCACAGCCGAAUCCCCCUCUGCCAAAAACUGGCAUCAGUAUUCGACAGCCUUUGCGGCCACAUUCAGACGGACACUGGACAUGGUGUGAACCCGUUGCCCUUCUUUUGGUCCUGCUUUCGAUAGAAUCUUCUAGAACUAGAUGAUCAACAACGAUAGGUAUUCUGAGUUUAGGUAUAACUGUAGCCGUAGUUCUCACUAGCUUUUUGAAUUGGUUGCCGCUCUUGGACUUGCACUCUUACUAAUCCCAGAUCUCCCCGAAACCCGUAGUCCACGACGUUUUGACUCUAUGCAGAUCUCACGAGCGUCCGUCCGGUUUCUGCAGGAACCGCGAGACCCGGAUCCCUGACAAAAGCCCAACAAACGGGUGACAGUUGGCACCCACUUGCACAUUUAUCUGCUGCGAGACCCCCUGCCUGCAUCUGUUGCCUCCCACUUUCCCGGCACGAUACGUGUUGGCCUCCGAGGCCUCCAAGUAGAGCACAGACUUGCUAGAUAUUUGCCUCUGUUUGGCAGGAAGUGAAAGGGGCAGGGCACAACCUGGAACCCUGUCCGCAGUUACUUCCCCCGCAAUCCUGGACCCUGACAGAGCCGCAGUGCCUUCUGUACCUGAGUCACAUGAGUCAUCUGCCACCCAAGCCCUCCCGGCCCCCUCCUGCCCGUUAUAUUCCUUAAGAUCAAUAACACUACGCCUUAAAUGUCCCGCCGGUGGUCCUAACACCGGGCCCACACAUGACUUUUACUUUGACUUUAUUGUUAAAACAUGACAACUCUUUUUAAAAUCUAAAACGAGAUUGUUUUUUUCCCGCAACUUUUCAAUUGUGAUGGCAUUUAGGGGCACACAUGGCACAGCGAUACCUUGACUUAAGAAUUUAACAUGUUCUGUGACUGAGGUCCAAACUCAGUUUGUUUGUAUCUCGAUUUGCAAGUCGGUCGCCGAAUGCCCGCUGCGAAUCUCAACCCUGCUCUUACUUCAAAUUUUGUCUCGAAACACUGCAGAGGUGAUUCAAGUAGUCAAUACCUAUUGGUCCCCCUCAACACACACACAUCAAUGAACUCUGGGGGAACAAAAGAUACUUCUAUGAUGAUUAACAACCUUAUGAUGGAAAUUCUUCCUGGCAAGCAAAGGGCGGCAGAAAAAAUACACAAACAAAAACUUUUUAUGAUGAUUAUUAGUAUUAUUUAUUCAGAUGAACCGUUUACAGUUCGUUGAAAGUGCAAUAUGUUACCCAUCCCUGGUCUGGAGAAUCGCUACUACUGUUUUUUUCUGCAAACUGCAUUCCGUACAACACCUGGGCUCUUUUGAAAGGUAUUCACGUCGGCAUAGCACUCCUUUGUAUCUUUAGCCUUGGACUUGUGUUUGCCCUUACAUGUAAACAGAAAGAUAAAGGCAUUGUCCCUUUGCCAGUUUGGACCAUUUGUGUACCUUUUCUAACCAUACCAAGUACUUGUUUGUACCUCCAGGUUCAACAGUGGACCCUGUUGGGUACGUCACAAGAAGUGGCACCUUGGAGAACAAAAACGAACCUCGACAGAACCCUUUUUUGUCUGACCGUGUACUUAAGCUUUCUUUCAAAGUCAAGGUAACACUGUGCUGAAGUUCUUGUCUAGUUAGUGUUCAGAUUUUGUGGCGGCUAAUGGAUCCGAGAUGUGUGAAAAGCUCACUUCCUUCGUUGUUUGCGUCGCGGCUGUUGGGUUUGGCGCGUGUGGCGUUGCGGGUCGGCAGCGUGUGGACAAACAUGUAACUCAAGGGCUCUUUGCAAAACAUCAUGCGGGUUUUCUUGUACAGUUUGAGUUCUGCCAAAAGUCGUGCUUAUGUAGCUCAAGCCACACAAUGUGCAGCACUAGCUGUGUGCAUGCGUGUGCGUGUUGGGGAAGGGCGGGGUUAUUGGGGCCAGUGGGCACGGAAGGUAGGCGUCCCGUGUACCGUCUUGGGGGCGGCGGAUGUUUAGAAGGGCAUUAGGGCAGCAAUCAGCAGUAAUUUUCCAUAAAAGGCACUGGGCCGCCAUAUCACCUCAUGCUAUGAUGUCAUCACGAGCGCCUGACAGAUUAAUUGUCCAGCCGAUUUAAUCGAUAUUUGCAUUUUUUUUUUUAAUUGGCAAAAAUCAGCUGAUUUUAUUUGGUCACGGUUUUUACCUUUUUAUUUUUUCCACGUCCAAUAACCAAUAAACCAAAAAAAAUCUGCAUUUCAUUGGCCGAUUUUUGCCAUUUUUUUCCCCUCUCUUUUGUCAUUUUUAACCAAUCCUAAACGACAAAGUAUUGUCAAACAGUCAUUUGUUCCACCUGUAAUUCAUACCUUUGUUGUUGUAAGCGUCAAGGGACCAAAAUAUGUUAUUUUAGUCAUUGUAUAUAUUAGAAAUUAAUCGGACAAUGAAUCGGCUCUCGGAGUUUGACAAGUAUCGGCAUCGUUAUCGACAAAUCCAAAUCAGUCAGGCCCUAAUCAUCAUCACCACAGUGGUGUCAUCACAUCAUGGCGUUAUCACUACUGUAUGUCAACACGUCUCAACCACAUGGAGGAAUUCACUUUGUGUGUAUGCACGCACCUGUGUGUGUGUGUUACAGUAAUAUUUGAGUAGCUGUUUGCUGUGAUAGAUAUGUUAUUUGAAAUGAACAGAUAUGUAGAAAUAAUCAAUUAAAAAAUAGAUUAAAAUAAUUUUGAGCCUGCUGAUGGUGCAGUGAAGACAGUACUGAAAAGCAGAAUGCAAGCGCACUGAAGUACUUAAGUCAUUUUUACCAUUGCAGUAUUAUCAAAAGGACGUAGCUAGUUUAUUUUUAUGUUCUAUUAGUUAUUGGGAAAAGUAUUUUUUACGUUAUCUUCAAUUAAUUUUUAAAUAUAAGCAUUGACGUAUUUUUUUUUAUUAGUCAUAAAUAUAAAUGUUAUCAUCGAUGUAUUUGUGAACUUAUUGAAUCCGUUUUUCAUUUCAAUUUUUUUUCUCCAAAUAGCCCAACAUGAAAGCAGUUACUGUUUGUGGCCUUUAAUGGUGAUUAUAGGCACUUAAAAACGACGCACUUUGAUGACUUUCAACGGUUGCGCAAGUGGAUGUGUGUGCGUGUGUCUCCCUGUGUCCGUCCUCCACUCACCUCUCGCCCCCGCCCCGCCCCUCUCCUCUCUCCGUUGUCCACGUCGACUCUGUAAAUUUUCAUGUACGCUUUGAAGCAUAAAGUUAUGUCAGUGGAGAUCAAUGACA